GAUGAAGAAACAGGCGAACCCUUACGUACACAAAUGGUAUACGUUGACGAGCAUUCCUGUAUUGGUUGCACGAAUUGUGCCAUGAUUGCCCAAUCAACGUUCUUCAUGCAUCAAGAGCAUGGUCGAGCUCGUGUUUUUCAACAGUGGGGUGACGAUCAAGAAACGAUUCAGGUUGCCAUUGAGACCUGUCCUGUGGAUUGCAUUCAUUACGUUCCAUACGACGAACUAGUUGCGCUAGAGAAAGACCGCCGCGGUCAGAACAUC